AGGGUGAGUAAUUGAUGACAAAAUUUUCAUUUUUGGGUGAACUAUCCCUUUAAUGGAACGUGCCAGGAAAUGAACAUGCACCCAGACAUUUGUUUCUGUGUUCUCAGUAUCAACAAGACGCACAUAUUAGCGUUUGUUUAAGUUUAGUUUUGCUUUCUUUGAAUAAGCAUAAUUAAUGCACCCACUCGUACUGAUUCACGAAACAUGCAUCAGCAUAUACUCAAGUAUACAAAUCUAGAAUUAAUAGGAUGAAUACAGAGAGUGUGGGUUUCACCCCGAAAGAACAGGCUCGGCCAAAAAUAGGAAUGCGGAAUGUUCCUGAUCUGGAUUUCUGUGGAGAAAAUCCCUCCCACCUGCGACUGGGCCGUUUCCAUGACAACGCAUGAGUCCAGCUUUUUCGAGGCUUGUCCCUUGGUACCCCAAAUCACUGAAAGCCUGGACACCUACUCAAAGGACUUUGCUCUGAGCUCUGUGCCAUUUUCCUACUGCAAAACUACUUUAUCCUCACAUAUACCCACAUUCAUCCUCAUUUAGACAAAUUAUUAUUUUCUCUCUUAAACAGUGUUUAGUUCUUGUUACUACAACCUUGAAAUGGAAUCUGUGGCGCUAAUGUUUAAUAAAGAAUGUUACUGAGCAUCAGGUAUCACUGCUGCUGUGGAUCCAGAGACCUUUGGCACCUCAUCCUAAUAUUCAAAAGGAGUCAGCAGUGCCCACAUUUUAAGUCUAAAAAUUGGUGAAGGGGGUGUGAUCUAUACCAAUUACACUCAACAUUUUUGUAAAAAAAUAGCACUCCGUGUACAUCUGUGCAGUGCUGCAGGCUUCUAGAGCCCCAUUUGAUGAGAUUUAAAUUAAUUCUGCCUCAAUCCCAAAUUCAGCCCCCCCCCCACUGUGCUCCACAGUAUUAACAGAGCUCAGUCUCCGCCCCUUCACAGCGGCUCCUCAGCAACAUCCUCUCCUGGAAACACGCAUGUUAAUGCAUGUGAACUCAUACAGGAGAACCAAUAUGUGUUUUUCUGUUUUGCAACAGGCCGUACUAUGUUACAGAAACUGCUUCAUGCUGAACACCCUCCAGCUUGUGUUAACAUUUAGUAGUCUAUUGCUCUAAUAUUGAUGUUACUUUAAGUAGUCAGUAGACAGUGUCAAAUCCUUUCAUUUAAAUUCUAAGAUUAUGAUUAUUUUUCUUUUUGAUUGCUUUUAGUUAUUUGCCUUUAACGGUCUUAAGUUCACAGCAUUCUGUUUUUUUCUUGUGUCAAUAACAGCUAUUGAGACUUGAGGCUAAGUAAUGUUUCUUUUUGAAUGGCUUUAGAUUGAAUGUGAUCAUAACUUAUGUAGUCUCAUGCUUUCUCAUUCUUUAUUGCCUGCAAGCCCUUGGCAAACAUUUAAAAUUCUGAGUUUGCAUGGUAAGUGUUUUCCCUUUCCUUUUCUUUGAUUUUCAUGAGGUAAUAAAUAUACUGGCUGAUUUAGGUGAAUCUCAGGCUCUCUCUUUCUCUCUCUCUACACACACACACACACACACACACACACACAUUAAAUGGUAAUAAAUGUCAAAAUGCUGAUUUUUUUUAAAUUUUCCUGUUAACUUUGUCCUUUUUGCCCUUAGCACAGUUUUCUCAAGGAAGAAGAAGAAAAAAAUAAUUUCUAAGGUUACAUUAUACUGGUGCUCUCACAGUGAGUUGAGGCUGUGAUAUGAGAUGCUCAGGGUCCCAUCCAUAUUUAAUCAGUCUCCAAUGUACUGAGAUCUGCUGAGGGCAACACAGGCCUGAGGAAGGCCUAUUAUUGGAUAGGACAAGUUCAGCCUAGCACAGGAUGUGUUUGCCCCUCCCAUCCGGAUUGACCACCAUAUUGCUGAUGCCUCUAAUUUAAUACACAGCACUGGGACUGUGUGAUCUGGGAUGAAGUCUCAUGAAGUCUUCCAUUGGAGCUGACAGUCACAGUCAGCGGAAUCAUCCUUUACUGAUCCUCCACCAGAAAAAGACCUGCCCAUUGCCCAUCAACAGAGUCCCCCUGCACUGUACCGUCUUACUCCCUGACCAUGGCUAGUCGAAGAAAGUCUACAACACCCUGCAUGAUCCGACUGGAUGACUUGGUAACUGCAGACGAUCCAGAAGAAAUAGAUUCCUGUGUGGACAGUCCAGAAGAGAAUGGAUGCUCACAUGUGUCUUCUAGUGAGGACUGGAUGGAUAGGAAGAGUUCUGUGAAAUCUGCGCAGGAAGCAACGGAGCUGGAAAAACCUGAAGUGAAAACACGACCACAGAGGAAACUCCAGGGAGGCUAUGAGUGCAAAUACUGUCCCUUUUCCACACAAAAUCUCAACGAGUUCAAAGAUCAUGUCGAUUCCAACCACCCCAAUGUUAUACUCAAUCCACUGUACUUGUGUGCGGUAUGCAACUUCACCACAAAAAAGUUUGAUUCUUUGACGGAACACAAUGAGAAAUGCCAUCCUGGUGAGAGCAACUUCAAGUUCAAGAGAAUCAAACUCAACAGCCAGACUAUUCUAGAACAGACAAUCGAAGGUUCGAACUGUGCCGUCAUCUAUGAUACCACCAGCCCUCAGUCAGGAGAUGACUUUACAGCUUUUCCUCUGAGCAAAUCCAGUACUGUUAAGGUGGGUAAGCCCAAAGCAGAUAGUUUACGGUUGCAGGACGAUAGUCCGCUGGACAAACUCGCUCAAGAUCUACCAAAAAAGCAAAUUACUGCGGUGAAUGUGAACGGGACUGUGAUAAUCCCAGAUGCAACUCUUAAGGAUGGCUUCUCUCAUAUAAUGCCAUCCUUGCAACGCCCGCCUAACUACAACUUGGUACCAAAAAUCGCCGUCCCCUUGAACACUUCAAAAUACAACCCCUCGCUAGAUGGCAACUUGACCCUCAUAACCUCCUUCAACAAGUUUCCGUACCCUACCCAAGCAGAGCUCUCUUGGCUCACUGCAGCCUCCAAACCCCCCGAAGAACAAAUCAAAGUGUGGUUCACUACCCAACGGCUAAAACAAGGUAUCAGCUGGUCUCCCGAGGAGGUUGAGGAAGCACGAAAGAAGAUGUUCAAUGGAACGAUUCAGCCUGUUCAACAGGCGUUCACUGUCUUACCUGCUCAGUUAACUCAGUCCACUAAAGCUUCACAGCCCCUUAUCCAGACCGUCCCUUGCCAUGUCCUUGGACAAUCUGGCCUGGUGUUAGCACCGGUUUCCAAUGGCUCAACUGCUACUGGUGCUGCUCUCGCACUAACAGUGACAAAUCAAAUAGCACACGGUGUCAAGAGGGCCCACAGAGCACCACUGGUUGCCCCAGAGAUAAAGAGGCCUUCAAUAAUUCAGUCCGUUCAGAGCACUCCCAAGUCUGUCUCUCCGACACCAAGCCUUUCUUCAGAUUGUGAGAAAACCCCUGAUCAGAUCAGAGAGCUGACCACCAGCUAUGCUCAGUGCCAGUUUCCUGAUGAUGAAGAAGUGUAUCGUCUCAUCGAGACGACUGGCCUCUCCUGGGGAGAGAUCAAAAAAUGGUUCAGCGAUCAGCGCCAUGGAAACCAUAAGGCAGUGCAACAGAUUAAAACCGACCUCUCUUCGAAGGACAGCCAACCGCAUAAGCCUGUCGCCACACAGUUUCCCCUACUAGAGAGAGUUAAAGGCAAAUCCUCUGAACAAAUGAAAAAGUUAGAGGAGAGUUUCCAAAGGACUAGCUUUCCAACCCAGGCUGAGAUAGAGCACCUUGUGGCGGACACCAUGCUCUCCAAAACAGAAAUUGAUUGCUGGUUUACGGAGCGCCGUGCAUUACGAGACAACCUGGAGCAAGCCUUGCUCAACUCGAUGGGCUCAAAAAGGCUGGAGCAUCACCUUCAAAGGGGGACACUGAAUGGAGUCCAUGAGCAGGACAGCAGAGUCAGGGACUCGCCUCUUCCCAUUCUCACGUCUUCAGUGUGUCCAGAGGCCAUUGAUGGCAAGUCUCUCUGCCUUCUUAAAGACAUGUUUGCACAAACCCAGUGGCCCUCACCAGAGGAGUACAACCAACUAGAAAUCCAAACAGGGUUAGCUCGUACAGAAAUUGUCCGGUGGUUUAAGGACAACAGAUCUGCUCUGAAAAAUGGGACGUUAGGUUGGAUGGAGCAAUUUCAAAGUCUUAGCAACAAGAGACCGAAUGGACAAAACAGCUCGUUGAUCUCAGAGCAGGCCCAGAGUGUCCUACAAAGGCACUUUCAAGAGACAAAGGUACAAAAAGGGGAGGGUUUUGAGAAGCUUGCAGAGCAGUCGAAACUAACCCACCAGGACAUAGUCGAAUGGUUCACCAGUAAGCUGGGCCACAACAUGCCUGAUAUCAGCAAGAGCAAGGACCAACAUGGACAGGCGAGUGUAGAUGGUAAGAGGUGGGUUUCCUUGGCAGCUGACAUCGAAGGCAAAGAUUAUGAUGCACAGAAAGUGGAACGAGACCUUGAAGUUCUGUCGGCAGAGCACAGAGUGACUGGAUGAAGUGAUAAAGAAGAAAACAGGCUGCUAUGACUGAACUAGAUGGGCCUGAUGAUUAAGGAAUGACCUCUGUUGUCGUGAAUGGAACCAAUGAUCUCAUAUCUGGACUCGGAGGUUAUCAGAGACGAGAUGGAUUUGGGAGCAUCUGUGAAACACUGUCUGGAGAGUGACCAUGGAGUGCCAAAGUUUGACUGCUAUGUUGUUAUUAUUGUUUGUUUUUUAAAAGGGCCCUUGUAAAUAUUUUUUCUGUACUUCAACAGAUUUGUAAAAUUUUUCAAAGAAGAGACUUUUGUUACGUUUAUAAUAGGAGUCCCAAGACAUUUCCCUUGACCCUUAUAAUGGAAUGUUCAAUCAUUUUUGUGAGUGGACACAAAACUAACCCACCUGCUGGUGAAGCUGGUUUAAAACACAAUGUGGUCCAUGAUGGCACUUAAUAUUUCAAGUGGACACAUACAAGCGGUGCUUCAAUAAAAAACAUCUCAUUCCAGAAAACGAGGUGAUAUUAUGGACUUUUCUUUGGACCAUAAACACAUUGCCUGCACUCUUAUACUGUACCUUAUUGCCAAGGGUACAGAGCCAAGCCACAUGAUGGACAUAAUCAAAACUGAAAUCAAUACAAUACAGAGAUGCGCAGCACAUGUUUAUUUGUAGUUAUAGGCUAAUUUCUGGCAAUAUUACAGUAACUGCAAAUUUAUCCGUAUCAUGUUGGCUUUUUCUGGUAUCCAACACGUAGAUCCAUUUUUUCACUACUCAGCUGUGAACUGCUUUCAGCUCGCUUAAGUGUAUUUCUUUUUCCUGCAGCUGCUUUAGUGUCAUGUUCAGACAUGUAUCAGGAAUACUGUACUGCUACCAAGAAUCCUGCUUGCUCUUUAUAAGAACCAGUCUGCUGUAAUUCAAUAAAACACAACUGAU